AUGGCACCAUCCCGGCCAUCUAGACCAUCACGUUCCGUCACCUACAUUAUCAAAUCCAUCACAAGAAAUUGGAAGAUUGAUCGGGUGCAUGAAUGUUUACCCAGAGCGCUAUGGCCCAACAAGCAAUUCGAAGCGACCCAAUGGGACAUCGGAAUUCUUACCCUCCUUGGCCAAAUAUCCGCCAUACCAAAUGCCACCAUUCAGGACUUUCGGGCAAAGCUCAGACGUGCAAUCAAAGCAAGACAGGAGAGAAAUGAGACAGCAGCAGGGAAAGUAGGGUGGGUGAAAGUAACAGAUCUCAAGGCUGUUCUGAAAGAGUACGAGAAAGAGAUUGCCGAAGCAGACGCCGAGAAAAUUGCCCAAGAAGAGAGAGAGUCAACUGUUAAUGUCCAACAUGAAUCUGUGGAGUUGCCCAAGACACCUGUGGCACCUGUUGUGGAUUCAGAGGAGGAUGAGGAAGAAGCAGGUUCUUCUGAUCCUCUUCCAGGGGGAAAAUAUCAGUAUCUUACCCACGUCCGCCCGUUAAAAGUCGACUUGAACCCUUCGGCGUCUCCAGCAGCAAAGCCGAUACGGGAAAAGCCAACUCGAGGAAAAAAGCGUCAAGUAGAGGAGGAAGUCACUGCUGACCCAGGUGUCAUGCAACGGACAAGCGAGGUACAGCAAGAUCCUGAGCCCCGGGACACGGAUGAUACCGGAUUUCUCUCUGACCUCGAGCCAGAGAGGGUGGAUAAAAAAGAGCGGAAGAAGAAAAGACUCUCGAGGCUUGAGCAGUAUCGUGUUCGUGUGCCGCAUUGGCAGCGGGAUUUGGAUGAGGUGACAGGCAGCCAUUCACUGCUCUCAAAUGGCACUGGGGUCAUUGGCGGGGCGAAACUUGAGGAUGCGACUGUAAAUGAAAACGGGGAUCUGGAUCUCGAGAUGGACCUGAAGAACUUGCCGAGUAUACCGGAUAAUGCGACGAUUAGGGAAAGAACAGAGAUGGAAGAACUAAGGCUUCGGAUGGAACAGCGCAUAUGGAGAAUCAAGGUGCUAAGGAUAAAGCAAAGAGAAGGUCAUGGGGAAGAAGUAAUUGGACAGGUUGAGAUUGCAGAUUGCGAGAGCUUGGAAGGUCAGAAUGAAGGAGAUGGUACGGCUGAGGUUGAAGAUGAAGAUGACCAUGAGAAUCAAGAUAAUAAUAGUCCUGGUGAAGGUAGGAUAUUGAGGAGCAGAAAAGGAAAGUAA